CCAUUUGCAAUCGCUCGCCAAGGGCUAGCGCACGGCAGGUACGGCACAUGCGGCCGCCGUCCCACGCCGCACGCUGUCCGCCCCUUUCAAGCCUAUCGUUCUCGCGGUCUCGCGAUGCGCUGCUCCGAGUCCGCCGUCCGUUAAUGUCCGCUGUCGACCGCUGCGUGUAGCGCUCGGUAGAUCAGUUAGCGGCGUGCACGAUGGACUACCUGUGACCGUCGUCGAAUGGAGCUUUUCGUCGGCCACCCGGAAUAGCUCGUCGCGCUGUUCUACCGCAUACCAGUGUGCCAGGAGCUGUUCGAAUCCUCUCUUCCGCGCCUACCCCUCUCGCCCGUUUGCCUUGCACAGUUCGCCCCCGCGCAGACAUGGCCUCCUCCAACCGCGGCAUCCAGAUCGGCUCCGGCUGGUUUCAGACCAAGAUCAACCUCAGGCCACAGCACCGAGGUGUUCAUCUCGUCACCGAGGAAAUCCUUAGGCAGGUCCCAGAGCUCUGCCAAUUUUCCGUUGGCCUUUGCCAUGUUCAAAUUCUCCAUACCUCGGCUAGUUUAGCAUUAAAUGAGAGUUGGGAUCCAGAUGUGAGAGACGAUAUGGAGAUGAUGCUUAAUAAAAUAGUUCCUGAGGGAUUGGAGUAUAGGCAUAGCUGCGAAGGGCCCGAUGAUAUGCCAGCACAUGUAAAGGCCUGCUUCUUAGGCUCCUCCCUAAGCAUCCCAAUUACGGAUGGCAAGCUGGCACUAGGCACGUGGCAGGGUAUCUGGCUCUGUGAGCACCGGAACCAAGCUGGUAGCCGUAAGUUGGUGGUGACGCUGACCGGCGUCCUGAGGGACUCCGGGCGUAGCCCUCUUAGCCCGGUCAGCCCCAUCGCCUCUACCAGCAGCUAGGACCACUCGCACCCCCGAAGGCGUGGCAAGCGUCAGCCGCGCGCGUCCACCUCGAGCGACUCAAGCUAGCAGCCGCUUCAAGCCCUAGUCAACUUCUAAGAGUACAAUCCAUUGAGGAAGAAUGAGCCGGAUACCUCGCGGAUCCAACUAUCGCUCGGCAAGAAGCAGCAGUAAUCAAGCGCACCUUCGAUGAGCAAGUGGACACACCAGAGCGCACAUCGUUCACGAAUUCUGUGCGUGUGCGCGUGUGCUAACUGGGUUUUGUUCAUGUCUCUGAUGUCAUUCCGCAAGGAUGUUCCUUCUUGUUCGAGUGACGGACGAGCAGUUGGGGUUGUUGCACAAGUUCUCCGUAGAGCCAGAAACUCGAAGGAUCUCGAAGAAUCGCGUGUUGUUUUGUUCUUGUAGCACGGAUUAAUUCGGAUUUUAACGAAACCUACUGCUUAAAUGACCGUAUUAAACGGAUCGUUAAAAGUCUGGAUUCAAUACCCGAAGAUCCAGGACCUACGAUCAUGGGCAUUGUGAGUUUCCUCGGGUGCCGGGAGAACAUGGAAACCCCAAGACCUGGGGACUCGUUAUCCACGGAAGCCGGAACCUUUGCAACAACUCAGAAUGCCCCAUUCGUUCCUUCAUUCUCGGUUUUCUGGCUCGCGUUGAUCGCGCGGGACAUCUGGUAUAUCACAUGAAUAAUAAUAAUAAAAAAACGAAGAUAUAUAGGAGAUAGAGAAAAGGAGAAGCGGAAAAAAACUGCCACGGCGAACACGCGUAUUGCACGCGUCGCACGUAAAUAAAACGAAUUAAAUGCGAGUAUCCAGCGCUCUUCCGCCUCGCUCUUGAAGAAAGAAGAAAGCGGGAAAAGCACACUCUGUGGAAAGCAAUUGGAGAGAAAGAGAGAAAAAGGAAGAACGAAUCUAUGCAUUCCGGUAACUCGUCCAAUACUCCGAAUUUACGUAGCUUUAUUUAGAAGACCCUUUUGUAUAAACGAAGUUAAUGGACACGAGCAGCCGUGCGAGGACUCGCAUCCUUUUUUACACUCGGCUAUCAUUGAGCUGUCCCAAAACAUAGAGACGAAAAAAGGGUAAGAGAAUAAAAAGAAAGAGAGUAAGAGGAGUGAGAGAGCGUGAGGUACGCGUUGCGAACUUUCUAACUCAUCGCUUUAAAUAAUUAGGAGCUAAAUCUAAUUGCUCGCACGAACAAUGACGUUUCCAUCGCAUUGGGGGUGUACAUAUACAUAUAUAGGGAAAGUUUGGCGAUUCUCUACUGCUGUGCGCGUCUCCACUAAAAUUACAACGUAUGUUACAUCACCAUGGGUACGUAACGCGAUUGCAUUCUACGUGGACUAUAGCGCGUCAUAAUUAAGGUAACGUUAUUAGAUACUUGGAGAGGUCGGUUGCAUCAACAUCACCUUCGUUAUUUUAUAUUUGUAAUUAUAAAUCUGUUAUAUAUACAUAUGUAUACUAUACAUAUAUAUAUUUUUUCAAGUCUAGAAGACAUAUCCUAACAUUUCUUUAUUUUUCAAUAUUAAAAUUCUUUUAAAAAUUGUGCAAAUUUAUGUUUAUUAUUGUUUUUACUAUUCUACAAAUGCUAUGUAUUGUAGAGUAAAUUCAAGUUACCCCUGUGUAGCUAUUUAAAUAAGUUGUCAAAUCGGAGCUGUUUUAUUUAAUUAAAAAAGUGGAAUUUUGUGAAUUUAAAAAAUUUAUAUAAUAUAUAUAUAUAUAUAUAUAAAAAAGAAAAAAAAUAUAUAUAUAUUCUAACAUACACACACACAAUAUCAAAUCAAAGUUAACGUCGACUAAUAAUUUGUAUUCUUUAUUAAUUUUUUUAAGAAGAAAAAUUAACUUUCAGUUUGAGAAAAGACAUAAAAUGUAAUUUAAUUUUGUUUGACUAAAACGACUGAAUCUUAUAACGAGAUGGGUUAGAUUGUCGGUUGCAGUGAAUCUUUAAAUUCUUCACGAACAAAAAUAACUAAAUCGAAAUUUAUUAUUUACGGCUGUCGGUGCAAUUGACCUUUAUCUGCUAAAAGACCACUUGUUCUGGAGGUCAUAAGGGUGUAAGGCGUCGUUUUAAAGGAUCCAGCACUGCGGUGAAUUGUAAUGUAGGAUCGUCACGAAGACAGCAGCGUCGGUUUCGCGAAAAGUCUUAAAAUCUUUCUUGACCUCUUAGAAGUGUGAAAGAAAUUCUAGUCUCUUGUAAUUCUUGGCCGUAGUUAAAAAAAGAAAAGAUUCACUCUCUGAUUCUUGGAGAUAUAUUUUAAUGAUUGAGAUGUGUUGUAACGUGCAAUUUAAAUAAGACAGAAAUCGCUUUUAGUCAACGAGAUGUUUAUUUCAAUUUUUUAAAACUUCGUUAUAAUCCGCGGAUUUUUGUGUGUUUAAACAACGCUUGUAUUGUGUUGAAACAUAAUGUCUAUAUUUUUCUUAUCGUUCCUAAAGUCUCUCGGAAGGAAGGAGUCGGAUCGACGUGAUCUUCGUGACGAAUCGACAGAGAGCUAAUUACUCACACGAUGUUAUUAAACUGAAGCUUACUACGAGCUUGCCACAGCGUGUCGUCGAAAUGGGCAGGCAAGCGAACAGGCAGAGCAGGCGUUGUCGUUGUUUAGUUGUUAAUCUUCAACGUACAUAGGCGUGCAAAAGAAAAAAAAAGAACGCGUCGUCGUCCAUUACGUGAUUAAAUGGACCUAUGCUUUAAUGUAAAGUACGUCUCUAUCUAUACAGUUCACAUAGCUUAAACAAAAAAAUGAAAAAAAUAUUAUCAGAGCUCAAAGUAUAAUAUAAUGUAAUGUACUGUAAUGUAAUGUAAUGAUACACCAUCGAGAUUGCCGUACGUACGAUCGCUCCUACGAACAUACGCAAAAAACACAAGUAGCUGAGGGGAGUCGAGGAGAAAGGCUCACACACAUAUGCACAAAGGCGAUCUUCGAUCCUCUCCACGGUCCCCUCGUCCUUGCGCGUACCCUCGUGAGCGCGUGACUUAUAUAGGUUCAAUAACCAGCGUACCAAGUUCGUGGUUUAAGGCGAGACGGUAGCGUUUUAAUCUGUACACACGCAUAUUGUAAAUAUUAACAAUAACGUUUUGCCGAACUCAAGACGAGACUGCGUUCUUGAGAGAGAUUAGGGGAGUACGUUAUAUAUAUUCAGCGCGCGAUCCGGAGAGCAUCCAGAACUUAGUAGUUCCACGAACUUCGCGGAUCUUCUUUGCUCGGAUUCGUUAUGAUUCGCCGUUAAUCUUGGUUCUUUCGAUAUUUUAAAAUAUAAAAGGAAAGACAAAUUUUUACAGCUAGAAUUUUAUCCGUUCUGAUGUAUUUUUUUUUUUUUUCAAUUAAUUUCGUCACGCGCGCGAACUUUUGUAAUUUAAAUUCUCGUAAUAUUCAUGUUUUUGAGUUUGGACUCGCGAAAUUUUAGGUUUUAGUAGUUUUUGUUGGAAUAUUACAGUUAGACAACUCGGGCAUUGAGAACGUUGAGACUUUGGUUCCACGAUUUUCAAAUCUUUUCAACGAUGGAAAAGAUCUUAGAAAACUUGAUUCUCUUUUGUAUCUUUACGAAUCUUUGUAAAUCUUGGGACUUCGAGUCUCUAAAAGUUUGGAUCCUUGGAACUCGAGUUCCUUUUGAUGCGUUGUAUAAAGCUAUAAAAAUUACAAUCACUUGUUGUAUUUUGCCAAAAUUGAAUUACCAGCGUGAGAGAAAAGAAAUUCAUUUUUCCAGGCGUAGGCUUCCGCUUGCGCAGCGAACGCGGAUCUAAUUAUUGCAACGCAUGCAGGCUCCGUCAGUCCCCUCUUUGCACUCUUGCGUAAGUAAAAAUAUUUUCUACCGUUUAGAAAUAAAGAACUGUUACAACACGAA